AUGGAUAUUACUAUAGACCUGAACAUGUUACUUAUGAAAAUGGGCUUUCUUUUCUGGAGUUUGGCAAACUGCAUGCCAGUUCCAUCCUUCACACAGCCUAGUAUAGGAGCAAUUUCUGAACAGGAUCUACAGUUUGCAAAGAGGUACCUGAGUGCUCUGUACAACCACCCACGUAGUGCUGUAGUGCACAAGAGGAGCACAGACUCCACGGAAAAUCAGCUUUAUGCAAUGCAGUCUUUUUUUGGGAUUCCUGCAACUGGAGAACUUAAUAAUGAAACCUUAAAUCUGAUGAAGAUGCCAAGAUGUGGAGUUCCAGAUGUGGCGGAAUACAAAGUUAUCUACACAAAGAUAAAAUGGGCUUCAAAUAUCUUAACGUAUAGAAUUGUAAAUUAUACUCCAGAUCUGACACCUGCUGAAGUUGAUAAGGCCAUACGGGAGUCAUUCAGGGUGUGGAGUGAUGUCACCCCGCUAGUAUUUAUUCAGAUUCACAGCGGAACUGCAGACAUCAUGAUAGCUUUUGGGUCUCGAGAGCAUGGCGAUUUUUUCCCUUUUGAUGGACCUUUCGGUGUAUUAGCUCAUGCUUUCCCUCCUGGAGAGCAGAUUGGGGGAGACACGCAUUUCGAUGAAGAUGAAACGUGGACAGUGGAUAAAAAAGAAAGUGACUUAUUUACUGUUGCUUCACACGAGUUUGGACAUGCAAUAGGGUUAGACCAUUCCCAGAAUCCAGAUUCUCUCAUGUACCCACUCUAUACAUACGUGAAUUCACAAAACUUCUCCCUUCCUGCUGGUGACAUUCAGGAAAUUCAAGACUUAUAUGGUCCAAGAAACACUGUUCCAGAUAAAUAUGAUCACAUUAUUCCUGCUGUAUGUGAUCUGGAGUUACCAAUUGAUGCAGUAGUUGAUAUGGAUAUAGGAACACUUAUCUUUAAAGACAGAUACUUUUGGUUUUAUCAUCCCCACCUGUCUGAGCGCAAAGCAUUUCUAAUAAAGACAGUUUGGCCGGAUCUUCCAGAUACAAUAGAUGCUGCUUACAACUAUUCUAGAAGGGAUACGGUUUAUGUAUUUAAAGGAAGGAAAUUCUGGGCCAUUAAUAAAUACACCAUGCUUACUGGAAAUUCUCGUGAUAUUUCUGAAUUUGGUUUUCCAAUAAAUGUGAAGAAGAUUGAUGCCGCACUCCAUGUUAUACGCACAGGAAAAACAUACUUUGUUACUGGAAACCUUGUUUGGAGCUAUGAUGAAGAACAAGGAAGAAUGGACCCAAGCUUUCCUAAGAGAUUAGAAUCACAGUUCCCUGGAAUUGGAGAUGAAAUAGAUGCAGCAUAUCAGCAUCUAAAUGCUUUAAAUAUACCUGAUUUGACCCUUAUCCACUUUAACUUUAUCCUUGUACAAGAGGUCAUCUCUGGGCAUAUUCCUUGCUCUCCAGAGUGA